GGCAAUAGAAUGCCUGGAGUCUGCAUUUAAUGUGCUGAAGGAUUCGUUUGAAGUUAAUUUGUUUAUGUGUCGCCGAUUGUUUGCUGAAGGUGUAAAGAACCCUCACUCAUUUUUUUGGUGGGUUGAUGCUUCAUUAGGAAAAGUCUUAGACUUGAUGGAUUAUCUAAAGAUGAGUAUAAGUGAUAGCAGACAAGACCUUAUUGAUUCUCUUCUAGCUAAUGAUGCUGCUUCAAAUCUUAAUGCUAAUAAUGCUAAUAAUGCUAAUGCAGCAAGUGCACCCGUACCUGCUGCACCACCUGCAGCAAAUGCAGCAGCAGCAAAUGCAGCAGCAGCAGCAGGAAAUGAAGAAACAACAACACCUGGCAGCAAUCAUUUAACUGCGAAACCUCGCACUGCGCUCGAACAAUGCAGUCUUAUGAUGAGAACAGCAAGCGGAUUACACUCGGCGUCGCGGGCGAAUUGA